AUGUCUAGGCGUUCUCGUUCACCAAAGAGGUCCCGCGAAUACGAGGACGGUGCCCUGAGUAGCAGCGUGAAACGAGGCAGCUCAAGGGAACGGGGUGGAGGUUAUGAAAGUAGGCGCAGGGAACGAGACUAUGGAUCGUCUGCACGUGAUAGGGAUCUUGACCGCGACCGCGAACGGGACAGGGAAAGAGACUAUCACCACCGAUCGAGGAGGAACGAGGACAGGUGGUCGGAGCGCGAUUCCAGGGGAUACGAUGAACGACGGCGAGAGCGCGAGCGUGAGCGGGAUAGGGAAAGGUAUGAUAGCGCACGCGAUAGGGAUCGGUAUUCGUCUCGUGGCCAGCGCCGGUCUGCUUCCCCUAGGUCUCGGGGCUCGCGUUCUGGGUCUCCCUCAGGGCAGGACCCUGCGGACAAGUCUAAGCCGAAUUUUGCGCCCUCUGGCCUUUUGGCUGCGGAAACAAACACCGUGAAAGCGGUUGACGGGACGAGCACAGUUCUCAAAUACAAUGAGCCUCCAGAGGCACGAAAGCCCGUGCUUGGAUGGAGGUUAUAUGUAUUCAAAGACGCAGAGCAAGUCGAACUUCUCCAUAUACACCGACAAAGUGCCUACUUAGUGGGCAGAGACCGCCUGGUCGCAGAUAUAGCAGUCGAUCAUCCAUCCUGCUCCAAACAACAUGCUGUAUUCCAAUACCGCUACGUGCAAGAAAAAGAUGAGUUUGGAAGUUCUAAAGGUGUCGUGAAGCCUUUUGUGAUAGAUCUUGAGUCGACGAACGGUACUCUCGUCAACGAUGAGACAAUUCCUCCUGCUCGCUAUUACGAAUUGAAGGCAGGAGAUGUGAUUAAAUUUGGACUUUCUACCAAAGAAUAUGUUCUCUUACAUGAUGAGGCAUCUUGA